AUACAUCAGUCACUCAGAUACCAUCUUUCAACUUACGCAAAGCCCUUCAUUAUCCACGACUCCUCGAUAUAAUACAAUUCACUCGCUACUAUCUUUUCAUACUCACUAUGGUUGAACCAACCUCCAACACCUCGGACCGCAGCUCUUCUGUGACUCUAACCCCUCGCCCAUCCAGCUCGUCGGUUCAGCAUCACGCAUUGUCAGCUUCUUCACUUCGAUCUGCACUCAAGAAGCCAUUCCAGGGCUGGAGCAAGGAGCUUCUUCGAGCACGAGACAACGACGAUGACGAUUAUAACUUUUCGAGUGGUAUGCGUCGUGGCGCGCAAGACUACAACGACGAGGCUUAAGACACUGCUUUGCUCAGCAACAAA